GUCUAUGUAAUGGUUAUUUAUUUAUUUUGGUUUUGUUUUUUCCCUCUUCAGCCAUAAAUGUCACCUAGUCAUGUUCAGUUAAAAUCACUAUCUGGUUUCAGUUUAUUUUCCAAAAUUUUAGGUUUGUAAAAGUUAUAACACAUUAAAAUCGUAUCUUAAUUUAUUUUUUUAGGUCGGAUAACUAGAGUUUUUAAGGUCAUUUGGCUUUUAACCAUAAACCAUGGUUGUAUCUAUUUUUAUUUAAAAAAUCCCUCUUUUAUUUUAUAUGGUUACAUAAUGGAAUUUCUAUAAGAUUUUACUAAAACAGAGAAUAAACUAAUUUAGUUUUGGUAAUUUUAAUAUAUCAUUUUGUCGUAUUUUCUGUGAACCCAAUAUUUAUUAUUUACACAGAGGUGCGGAAAAAUAACGGAGUUGUAAAUAGUUAGAAAUAAAAGAGCAACAUUAAUAAAUAUGUGCUUAUUUAUCUACAAAUAAUAAUAAGGAUAAGGUUGUUAUUUCUUAAUAUUAUUACAUGUCAGUUCGAUACUAGCGGCUUGAUCUCUGUAACUAUUUAUUAGAUCAUCCCAAUUUCAAAACUCUUUAUCGUUUAUCCAAGAUCAAUGAUUUGAGUUCGCAAUAUUUUAUUUCCUUGAAGCCGAUUUAAAGAACUCUCUGAAGCUAUAGAGCAUCAAAUUUUUCUUCUGAGAAGUGAACAUUGUAAGCUACUUAAAAGGUAUCGGAGAAACAAUAAAUAUCCGUUGCACAUUGUAACAUAAAUUCAUUUCUAUAUAUUCUCAGAGUAACCAAAUACAGUUUGGUUCGAAUCAGGUUAAUCACAUGGUAUUAAAUUAAUACUCGACUUUCGAUUUAUAAAUUUAAUGUGUUAUAUAAGCAAAUAGACUUUGAUCGAAGAAAAUAUACAAAAUGGACUUUCAUUAUAGAUGGAAAGUAAUCUUUUAAUUUAAAAUGGAACCAUUUUAUUUCGCAAGUAUCAACUUUGUCAUUUAUUGUUCUUCAAUAAUGCAUACAUUUAAAAAACAUUGCAAUGAAAUAAAAUAAUUAAUUUAAUUGAAUGCCAAAAAGUAUUCAAAACAUUUCUUUGAAAACCUAAUAAAUAUCCUCAGACAAUUAACAAUAACUUAGUCAAAACUGCAAACAAUCACUAAUUAGUAGUCUUAUCGUGUAUGGUAAAGAUUUAAAUAAACUCAUAAAAGUUUAGUCAAAAUUUCCAGAUAAUUUAUUACUUGUAUUUAUGGUAGAAGGUUGAAUAAGGAUAUUGUAUUAAUAUGGUAAGAAAAUUAAACAAAACGUUAUAAUUAUGGUAGAGCUAAAAUUCAAAACACAUAUGCUAUAUAUAUCUGAGUAACUUAGUCAAGAUUUCUUAUGCAUCUUUUCAACUAACUAAAUAUAACUGGGAUUGAAGAGAGCAUUCAAUAAAGAAUUUCUAUCAGUUUUUAAGGUACACAUGCAAAUUUUAUGAUAAAUCUAAUCACCGGUGAUAUUAUUACAUAUCAGAUUUUUAUAUUGCAUCACUAUCACAUAAUAUAUUAAUCUUUGUCAUAAUAUGCUUAGUUUUGAAAUUAUAUUGAUUUACUUAUAAGAAAUAAUACAUAUUCCCAAUUUGAUAUUUUGAAAGUUCUUUAAAUAGAAAAAUUAUAAUCGUAAAAGGCAUGUAAUUAUAUGUUUUAGAACAGUGCUUGUCCAUUUCCGUCGUGUUGCAUAAAUUUAAAUUACAUUUUUCUAGUGGCUCACAUUAUUGUAUAGACUAAGGAAAUAUUUUUCUUAAUCUCUUGAAAUAUUAAAUUUUCAAAACAUUAAAUUAUAUAGAUGCAUUAAUUAAUUAUUUUCUUGCAAUUUUUGAGUUUAUAUUAGUUAAUGCAAUUUUUGAAUCUCUUUGAUUUCCCAGUUCAUAUAACAGAAUCUCAUUAUUGUUUCUUUAAAUAAAAUUUGGGAGUUCAAAUACUUAAAAUUGCUUGCAAUUAUAUGUAGUAAAAAUAAUUCUGUUAGAUUCUUGGAAUUGAAUGCUGUUAUUCAUAGUAUUAUUUUGGAAUUUACAGGAAUUAAUGUCAAAAGAGAUGGCUAAACUAAAUCGAGAUGUGCUAAUGCUAAGAGAAGAUCAGGCUCCUAAAGUUGGAGCAAGCUUGAGCCAAUCUGAACCAAGGAAGAUUUCAAUGGUUGGCAUUAAACCUCACAUACCUGACUUGAAUGUGAAACCUUGUUCUGAUUCCGACGAGGAAGAAAAAGGAGAAAUUGCAAAAGAAUUUCAGAAUCUUGCAGGUUUAAAAACUCAUGAUGCCUGUUAUGUUGAUCAUAAGCUUUUGUACGAGCUUGAGGUCGAGAUCAUUGCUCGUCUACCAUGCUUUGAAUACUGGAAACUGCAGUUUCUUAACAAGAAAUUCUUGCAGUUAUUAAAGAGCUGUGAAAUUUUCAGGGUGAGAGAAGAAAGGGGACUUGUGAAACCCUAUGUGAUUUUGCAUUCAGGGGCUGUAUCUAAUUGGGAAAUGUUUGAUAAGGAUUUUAAAACCUUUCGGAGACUUCCUAAAGUUCCUUCUUCUGACUAUUGCUUUUUCCACAGCGAUAAGGAAACAGUUAGUGUGGGUACUCAACUAAUUGUCAUAGGGAGAGAAAUAGAUGGAAUUGUGGUGUUUCGCUAUGAGCUAGAGAAUCAUAAGUGGUUCAAAGGUCCUUCAAUGAUCACACCGAGGGCCAUGUACGGUUCUGCGAGCCAUGGUAAAACCGCAUUUUUUGCAGGAGGCAUUAAAAUGGAUGAAAAUGGGAACCCUAUUGUUGUGCAAACUGUAGAAAAGUAUAAUGCUGAUACAAAAAGGUGGACUAUGAUUAAUGGAAUGCAUAAAGCAAGGAAGUUCAGCUCAGGAUGUUUCUUGCGUGGAAAAUUUUACGUCCUCGGUGGCCGAGAUGAUAAUGAUAAACACCUCACUUGUGGAGAAAGUUAUGAUGAGACGACAAAUUCUUGGGAGUUGAUACCUGACAUGCUAAAAGACAUGACAGUCAUUGCGCAUUCCCAAUCUCCGCCCCUUAUUGCUGUGGUUGAUGACAAUCUAUACAUGUUAGAAACAUCUUUGAACGAGCUUCGGGUAUAUGAUAUAAACACAAAUAUUUGGAAGAAACUUGGUGUUGUCCCUGUGAGCGCAAACGCUGCCUUCGGUUGGGGGAUUGCGUUUAAAUCGAUGGGAGACAGACUUCUGGUGAUUGGAACUUCUCACUCUUGGCAUAGGAAGACAGUAGUUCACUCAUGCCGUCCUUCUCCAGACGUGGAAGAGCAGCACUGGGAAGAAAUAAAACAUUGGUGUGUUGGUGCUGAGCUCCCACAGUUUAUUCAUAACUGUUGUGUGAUGUUUGCUUAAAGUUUUUUCCAAGGAAAACUUGGAAACUUAUUUGUUUUUGCAUUUGUGCUUAAAGUUGUUGCAUUUGGUUUUAAGUUGUUUGGUUUGUGUUUUUCUGAUUUUUUUGUUUUUCAUUUGGGAUAAAAAUGUUGUUGUUUUUCGUUUUUUUAAGUGCUUAUGUUUGUGAAAAAAAAUACUAAUGUUGUCUAUGUAAUGGUUAUUUAUUUAUUUUGGUUUUGUUUUUUCCCUCUUCAGCCAUAAAUGUCACCUAGUCAUGUUCAGUUAAAAUCACUAUCUGGUUUCAGUUUAUUUUCCAAAAUUUUAGGUUUGUAAAAGUUAUAACACAUUAAAAUCGUAUCUUAAUUUAUUUUUUUAGGUCGGAUAACUAGAGUUUUUAAGGUCAUUUGGCUUUUAACCAUAAACCAUGGUUGUAUCUAUUUUUAUUUAAAAAAUCCCUCUUUUAUUUUAUAUGGUUACAUAAUGGAAUUUCUAUAAGAUUUUACUAAAACAGAGAAUAAACUAAUUUAGUUUUGGUAAUUUUAAUAUAUCAUUUUGUCGUAUUUUCUGUGAACCCAAUAUUUAUUAUUUACACAGAGGUGCGGAAAAAUAACGGAGUUGUAAAUAGUUAGAAAUAAAAGAGCAACAUUAAUAAAUAUGUGCUUAUUUAUCUACAAAUAAUAAUAAGGAUAAGGUUGUUAUUUCUUAAUAUUAUUACACUAGGAUAAGACCCGCGCCUUGCGCGGAAU